AUGGCCACCAUCGAGCCGCGUCUCAUCCAUCUCUUGAAUGAUGAGCCAGCGAGGCCAGAGCCUUCCACUGCCGACUUACACCAACUGCCGUCGCUCCCGUCGCUGCAAUUGCCCACCCAUGCCAGCACUCGUGAUGGGCCUCUGCCGCCGCUGCAGCUCGACGGGCUUCGCUCAGACAGUUUCCUCGGCAGCUCUGGACGACAUGCUGCGCUGCCGAGCAUCAACGGGGGAGGCCAUGCCGUGACAUCUUCUCCUGCUAGAGACCAGGCCACGACGGCCUCGCCGGACCACAAGAAGGACUCAGACUAUUGUAAGGAAGGCAAGUAUGCCGGGAGCUCGGGCGUGUUUCCUCUGCGGCUGCUAUUGAGCGACGUGCCGCCCAUGUCUGUGUCUGCGCCGCCAGCGCCAUAUCUCUCCUUCUCCAGCAUCCUCAACGACGACGGACCAGACUUUCACGAUGACGCUCAUCUGCCUUCGUUGUCCUCUCUGUACGCUUCUGGCACUGCCGCUGCCUCUGCCUCUACUGCGGCCAUCUCUGCCUCUGCAGCAGCCUCCGCUUCGACUUCCACCUCUACCACCUCUACCUCUACCUCUACCUCUAUCUCUGCUACUACUUCAGCCUUCGCCUCUACUUCCACACCUCUAACGCCUCCUCCCGCUGCUGUCUCAAUCUCCACCACCUCUCCCUCCACCACUUCCAACUCCAAGAAACGACCGGCUAUCCACAUCAAGGAUGACUUCUUACAGCUUCCGCAGCCUGCAAAGAAGCCCAAGGCACACCAGGCACCCUUCAUGCCGCCCAUCAUCAACGGACUCUUUGAGCCGCCACCCAACGUCGCCCUCUUUCCGCCCAUAUCGUCCAGUGCUUUUGAUGACACCGAUGCUGGCCAGUCCAAGCUCCUCCAUGAGCUCAGCUACAGCCCCCCGGGGCCCCGCAUGUCGCCGGAGCCAGACCAGCCUGUUCCCAAACCAAGAACCUCAAGAAAGCGUUCAAGCAAACCCAGACGGAAAUGGUCCGAGGAGGAGACGAAUCACUUGCUCAUGGGCGUUGAUCGACAUGGCGUAGGCAGAUGGACCAAUAUCUUGGACGACCCGGAUUUUUUAUUUAAUUCCCGGUCAGCGGGUGAUCUCAAGGAUCGCUUUCGCACCUGCUGCCCGGAGGAAAUGAGGGUAAUCGACGUUCACAGAACCAAGGCUCGCGCCAAAGGGCCACUGGUAAAUAAGACGUCGUUGCCCAGCAAGCCGGAAAAGCCGAAUGACGAGUCCCCCGAUACCGUCAUGGCCGACGCGGGCGACGUGCUGUCGAGCAAGGACCAGCAAGCCAGCUUCAGUCCGUCCGGAUUUUCUGAUGACCGUCCCGCCAAAAAGACUCGUGCUCAUCGCAUGAGGGUGUCGGAUCUCGUGCGGCUAGGCAUUACAGGGCCCUUUAAAAAGGCUCGUCGGCGAGAGAGGACCACCUUUACCACCCGAGACGACCAAGAGAUCUUGCAGGGCCUCGAGACAUAUGGGCCGACGUGGACCAAGAUCCAGCGUGACAAACGCUUUCACCUUGGCAACCGGAAACCAACGGAUCUUCGGGAUCGCGUGCGAAACAAGUAUCCCUACAUCUACCAACGCAUCGAAAAAGGCAUCUUCCAGCCCAAGGAUGUCAGCACCAACAACAUUCUCGAGCCAAUGGUCAACAUGACCAUCAGCCAUUCCUUCCAGGCUGCUCCCACCAAGCGCGGAGAGACUCCAAAGGAGCCGCAAAAGUGGUCAUUCCUGGUGACUAAUUCUUCGGACCAGUCUCAGUCUCGGUCUCAGUAA